CUCCCACAUCUGUCUCCUCCAUCUCUCACAAUGCUCAAGAGCGGCUUCCAGCGGUCGCUGCUCCGGGCGUCCCUUCGUCGACCUGCGACCGUCCAGCGCGCCUUUCAGCCCAUCAAGAAGAGCUUCGCUCCUGCCUUAGCAGCGCGCUUCGCAAGCACAGAUGCCCAGAGGGACGGCAAGAUCCAUCAGGUCAUCGGUGCCGUCGUCGACGUCAAGUUCGAUACGGAGCAGCUCCCGGCGAUUCUCAAUGCCUUGACGACCGACAAUGGCGGCCAGAAGCUGAUUCUGGAGGUCGCGCAACAUUUGGGCGAGAACGUCGUCAGGUGCAUUGCCAUGGACGGUACCGAGGGUCUCGUCCGAGGUUCAAAGGCCACCGACACUGGUGCUCCCAUCAAGAUCCCCGUCGGCCCUGGAACCCUCGGCCGUAUCAUGAACGUCACUGGCGACCCCAUUGACGAGCGCGGUCCCAUCAAGGCCACCAAGAUGGCUCCCAUCCACGCCGAUCCCCCAGAGUUCAUCGAGCAGUCCACAUCCGCUGAGGUGCUUGUCACUGGUAUCAAGGUCGUCGACCUGUUGGCCCCCUACGCUCGUGGCGGAAAGAUUGGUCUCUUCGGUGGUGCUGGUGUCGGCAAAACUGUGUUCAUUCAGGAGCUGAUUAACAACAUCGCCAAGGCGCACGGUGGUUUCUCCGUGUUCACUGGUGUCGGCGAGCGGACGCGUGAGGGUAACGAUCUUUACCACGAAAUGCAGGAGACCUCCGUCAUUCAGCUUGAUGGUGAAUCCAAGGUCGCCCUGGUCUUCGGUCAGAUGAACGAGCCCCCAGGGGCCCGUGCCCGUGUCGCUCUUACUGGUUUGACUGUCGCUGAGUACUUUCGCGACGAAGAGGGUCAGGAUGUGUUGCUCUUCAUUGACAACAUUUUCCGCUUCACUCAGGCCGGUUCCGAAGUGUCCGCCUUGCUCGGUCGUAUCCCGUCUGCUGUCGGUUACCAGCCCACUCUCGCCGUCGACAUGGGUAUCAUGCAGGAACGUAUCACCACCACCCAGAAGGGAUCCAUUACAUCCGUGCAGGCCGUGUACGUGCCCGCUGACGAUUUGACGGAUCCUGCCCCCGCCACCACCUUCGCCCAUUUGGACGCCACUACUGUGUUGUCCCGUGGUAUCUCUGAGUUGGGUAUCUACCCUGCCGUCGACCCUCUCGACUCCAAGUCUCGUAUGUUGGAUCCUCGUGUCGUCGGUGAGGACCACUACCAGACCGCCACCCGUGUCCAGCAGAUUCUCCAGGAAUACAAGUCGCUGCAGGAUAUCAUUGCCAUUUUGGGUAUGGACGAAUUGUCGGAAGCCGACAAGCUUACUGUGGAGCGUGCUCGUAAGAUUCAGAGAUUCCUGAGCCAGCCUUUCACUGUUGCUCAAGUCUUCACGGGUAUUGAGGGCAAGCUUGUGGACCUCAAGGACACCAUCAGGUCGUUCAAGGCUAUCCUGAGUGGUGAGGGUGAUGACCUACCAGAAGGUGCUUUCUACAUGGUUGGCGACUUGGAGUCGGCGCGGGCCAAGGGUGAGAAGAUUCUCGCAGAACUCGAGAAGUCAUAGACGUUGGGCCGUGUGGGCAAAAGUGAGAGUGGGCGCCAUUUGUGUCUCGUCCGGUAGUUCGCCUCAACCUUGUACAAAAUACACCACCCGUCUUCAGAAAAAGCUGGGAACCCCUGGGGCGGAUAUCAGCAGCUGGCGGGUGCUUGGAGGAGCAAUGGCUUCCCGUGUAAUCUUAUCUCCAUCUUGCGUGCAAAG